GAAGAAGUGUCAUUAAAGAUGGCAAACAUGUCAACACCUGUGGUGAUUGAGAAAUUUGGGGAAGUGGACUUGAUGUACAUCUCUAUCGAGAGCACCAUCGGCCUGGCGUCAGUGCUGGGGAAUGUACUGGUGGUCUUGGUGGUCACCAUGAACAAGGCUCUCAGAGAUCCCACCUUCUGUUUCCUUGUAUCUCUGGCACUGGCUGAUAUUGCUGUCGGCACUCUGGUUAUUCCCUUGUCUGUGGUCAUUAGUCUUGGGCCAGUGACCCCAUUUUACACCUGCGUCUUCAUCUCCAGUCUGCUCAUCAUCAUCACUCAAAGCUCAAUACUGUCCCUGCUGGCCAUCACCAUUGACCGCUUCUUACGUGUCAAAAUUCCCACCAGCUACAGCAUCAUCGUUACACAGAGGCGAGUGUGGAUAGCUGUGGGUUUUUGCUGGAUCCUCUCUUUUCUGGCUGGUUUGGUGCCCAUGGCCGGCUGGCACCAAAGCCCACCUGGAAAUAACAGCACGGCAUCCAUCCAGUGCCAGUUCUCCAGUGUCAUGAGCAUGAAUUACAUGGUCUACUUCAACUUCUUUGGUUGGGUGGUGGUACCCCUGACCGUCAUGAUUGGACUGUAUGCUGAAAUCUUCCGCAUAAUUUCCAGUCAGCUCAAUCGCCGAGCCGCGGCUACUACUACCGACUCCAGCAAGUACUACCGCAAACAGCUGAAACUGGCAAAGUCGUUUGCACUAGUUCUCUUUCUUUUUGCUCUUUGCUGGCUGCCUCUCCAUUGUAUGAACUGCAUUGUGUUUUUUUGCCCUACGUGUAAUGUGCCCAAGAGCGCCUUUUAUGUCGGUAUCUUCAUGUCACAUGGCAACUCCGCCCUCAACCCAUUGGUGUAUGCGUUCCGUAUCCAGCGCGUCCGUGACACAUUUGUCCAUAUCAUACAGCGAUUCGUGCUUUGUAAAACCACCUCAAGCAUCUCAUGCCGGCAUGGUCCUGGACCAGUUACAGAGAAUACACAAGUUCAGAUGUAG